UUUCUUAUAGGCCCUGCAUUGCUGGUUGAUGUUCCAAGAGACAGGAAUAUAACAGCUGAAGCGAUGGAGUCCCUACAUAUUCCAAGAGGAGUUCUACGUGUGCUUUUCAGAACACUGAACACUGACAAGGAACUUAUGUGGAAGAAAGAGUUUGACACAAGCUAUGUUGGGUUUAUGAAGGAUGGAGCACAAUGGCUGGUUGAUAACACUGAUAUUAAACUUGUUGGUAUUGAUUACUUGUCCAUUGCUGCAUAUGAUGAUCUGAUCCCAUCUCAUCUGGUUUUACUCAAGAACAGGGAUAUUAUCAUCGUUGAGGGCUUAAAGUUAGAACAUGUUAAGCCUGGUAUCUACGAUUUGCAUUGCCUGCCUCUGAGGUUGCGUGGCGCAGAGGGCUCCCCUAUCAGGUGCAUUCUAAUCAAAUCAUAACCUGCUUUCUGUAAAUAUGCUUUUGAAUAAAAUGGGAAUAAAAGAUAUAUAUAUAUACAUAUAAAUUUCUAAUACAUUUCUGUAUGGUUUUUGAAUGAUCAUUAUAUUUUAUAUCAUUUGGAUGACAUUAGCUGUAGACUGAUUAU